AUGGAGAAGGAAUCCAAGAUGAAAUACUUGGUGGUUACGGGGGGGACGAUGAGUGGUCUAGGAAAGGGGACCACCAUCAGCAGCAUAGGCGUUGUGCUGCGUUCUUUGGGUGUACGUGUCUCCGCAAUAAAGAUAGAUCCUUAUUUAAAUGUAGAUGCGGGGACUAUGUCUCCUUACGAGCAUGGUGAGUGUUUUGUAUUGGGGGACGGGGCCGAAGGAGACCUAGAUCUCGGUAACUAUGAGCGUUUCUUGGGGGUUUGUUUGUCUGGCGAGCAUAAUAUAACAAGCGGAAAAAUAUAUUUAGAUGUUAUUAAAAAAGAGAGACAGGGACAGUACCUGGGAGAGACAGUACAGAUGGUUCCCCACAUCACCACACAUAUACAACAAUGGAUCAUCUCUGUCGCCCACAAACACCUACAGCAGCAGCAGCAGCAGCAGCAGCAGCAGCAGCAGCAGGGGGAGGAGGGGGAGGAGCAGCAGCAGCAGCAGGGGGAGGAGAAGGAGGAGGAGGGGGAGAGGCCGGAGGUGUGUUUGAUAGAGGUUGGGGGGACAGUAGGAGACAUAGAGAGCGCAGUAUAUCUAGAAGCUAUACAACAACUUUAUAAAAAAGAGCUGCGGGGGGCUGGGUUGACGCCUGACUUUUUGUUUUGUCGUAGCGAGGAGCCGCUGACGGAGGCGGCGCGGCAGAAGAUAUCUUUGUUUGCUCAAGUAGAACCAGAGAAUAUAUUUUCAGUUCAUAACUGCGAAAACAUUUAUCGAGUGCCGCUCAUCUUAGAGGAACAGGGACUGUCUGAGCGGCUUAUCCAGAGAGUAGAGAAAGAGCUGAGAGAGAAACAAAAACAACUCGAAGAAGUACAAAAAGAAAACACCAGAAAAGCAGAUGUGCUGCUGAAGCUGCGGCUAAAGGAUCACCGCCUCAAGCAGCAGGAAGCUGAUUUUGCUGCAGCUAGGACGAAGGCACGAGACUUACAGCAGAAAUUAGAAAAAUUAAUAAAAGAAAGAGAUGCACUGGCAGCAUGGAAGGCCUCUCACCCCAUAUACAAGGGGUACCGGGUUGAUGCUGCUGCUGCUGAGGGGGCCCCUGCUGCUGCUGCUGAGAGGGGCCCCUCCUCUCGCUCUGUUAGCCGCCUGCGGGUGCGCGGGCCUUCUGCUGCUUCUGCUGCUGCAGCAGACGCAAAGAAAGCAGCAGAUGCUGCAGCAGCAACACGAGGACGCCCUGCUGCAGCAGCAGCACGGGGACGCUCAGCAGCAAAAGCUGCUGCAGCAGAAGAUGCAGCAGCAGAAGCAGCAGCAGCAGCAGCAAGCGAUGCUUUAGGCUUGCGAAAGCUGCAUUCUCGCGAAUCAAGAAAGUCGUCUCCUGCUGCUGAUGCUGCUGCUGCUGCUGCUGCUGCUCCUGCUGCUGCUGCUGCUGCUCCUGCUGCUGCUGCUGGGGGGCUCAGUCGCUCUGCUUCAGCUGUCUCCUUAGCUAGCAGCCGCAGGGUCCCCUCUGUUGCUUCUGUGCGUUUAUCUUCUGCUGCUGGAUUGAAGCUGAUGAAGGUUCACAGCCCGAGUGCUCCUGAUCUGCUGCAGCAGCAGCAGCAGCGGCUGCAGCAGCAAGCAGCAGCAGCAGCAGAUACUGCAGCAGCACCAGCAGCUAAGUCCUUCAGCAUGCCGGCUCUACCUGCUGCGGGGGCCCUUGGGGGCCCCUCCCCCCCUCUAAGCCACCGCUCAUCACAGCAGCUGCUGGAGGCAGCAGGAAUGAAGCUGCUGCGGCGCAGCAGCAGCAGCAGCAAACCUGCUGCUGCAGCAGCAGCAGCAGCAGACAGCAAGGGAAUCGAAACACCUCGUGUCUUGAUCAGCAGCAGCACAACCCCACAACAAACAAAAGCAAGAAGCUCUGUCUCUCCUGCUGAAGGAGACAGCAGAGACAGGGAGAGGAGACAGCAGCUAACACUGACGCUGCCUCGCAGCCCGCGUGCAGUUGUAACGCCCGCGUUUCAGCAGCGCCUUUAUCAAAGCAGCAGAGAAGGAGAGAGAAGUAACAAACCUGCAGCAGCAGCAGCAGCUGCAGCUGCAGCAGCAGCAGCAGCAGCAGUUGUAACGCCCGCGUUUCAGCAGCGCCUUUAUCAAAGCAGCAGAGAAGGAGAGAGAAGUAACAAACCUGCAGCAGCAGCAGCAGAAGCAGCAGAGAGAGAUGAGGGACAGCCCCUCAGCCCCAAAAGCCACCUAGCAAGAGCCCAGGCAAUCGCCUUCAUGGAGGGCAGCAACAAAGGGAACAGCAGCAGCAGCAACAUCAGCAGCAGCAGGAGACAAAAAGGAGACACAACAGCAGCAGCAGCAGCAGCACCAGCAGCAGCAGCAGCAGCAGCACCAAUGGUCUCCAGGGUUAAUUCCUUUGCCUCAGUCGCCUCGGUUAGAACCCUAAGAAGCCCAAGACCUGCUGCUGCUGCUGCAGCAGCAAAUGAUGCUGCAGCUGCUGCUGCUGCUCAUGCUGCUGCAGAUUUCGCUGCUGCUGCUGAUGCUGCUGCUGCUGCUGCUGCUGCUCUAGCGAACGUCCCUGAACGCGCUGCUGCUGCUGCUGAUAAAGCAACGCCAGCAGCAAAGUCAACGCCCCCCACACCCACUGCAGCGUUGAAGGGCUCCGCAGCAGCAGAAGCAGCAGCAGCUGCUGCUGCAGCAGCUGCGGCUGCGGCAGAGACAGAGGUCGGAUUGCUGCAGCAGCAGCAGCAGCAGCAGCAGCAGCAGCAAACUGCGCGACGUCUUGAGAGACGCCAAGUGGAGGUUCGAGGGCAGGAGCAGCAACAGCAGCAGCAGCAGCAGCAGCAGCAGCUAGGGAAAAGAGAGACAGCAGCAGGAACAGCAGCAAGAACAGCAGCAGCAGCAACUAGAAAGGAGACAGCAGCAGCAGCAGCAAUCCCUGCGUCGGAGCCUUCAGAGUCUGGUGAUGUAUGGGGAUACAAAGGAGACAAAAUAAAUAAAAGAGACAAAAAAGGAGACAGUGAAGAAAAUAAAAUAAAUAAAAAAGAAAAAGGAGACAAAGAAAAUAAAAUAAAUAAAGGAGACAGUUCAGAUAGAGAAGAGACAAAAAAGGAGACAGAAAAAAUAAUCAGCCAGGAGAUGGAGGCGCUGCUUCACAAGUACUUAGGCACCCCGCUGCAGCAGCAAAGAGACACAGAGGAAACAGCAGCAGCAGCAGCAGCACCAGCAGCAGCAGCAGCAGCACCAGCACCAGCAGCAGCAAAAGCAGCAGCACCAGCACCAGCAGCAGCAGCAGCAGGAACGACACAAAGGAGACAACAAAACAAACAACCAGGGCCACCGCCAUCCUCGAGGGUUAGGGAGACAGAAGGAGACAGAAAUGCAGCAGCAGCAGCAGCAACAGCAGCAGCAAAAGCAGCAGCAACAGCAGCAGACAUAGAAGCACAAAAAGGAGACAGAGAAGAAAAAGAAGGAGACAGAAAAGAACAAAAAGGAGACACAGCAGGAGACAAUUCAAAUGCAGCAAAAGAGGAGGACAUAGAAGCACAAAAAGGAGACAGAGAAGAAAAAGAAGGAGACAGAAAAGAACAAAAAGGAGACACCGCAGGAGACAAUUCAAAUGCAACAAAAGAGGAAGAGCCGGCGGGUGGGGGUAGAACAACCCCACCCAUAAACACCUUGAGAGAAGCAGCACAGCAGCAGCACCAGCAGCAGCAGCAGCAGCAGCAGCAGCAGCCUCUUGCUCGCCUCGGCACGAGAGCAGGGAUGCCCUCCCGCAUCAUAACGGGGGUGCUGAAGGCCCCCCCUAAGCUGCUGAGCAGCAGCGGUGCUGCUGUCUCCAGGCAGCUGUCUCCUGCUGCUGCUGCUGCUGCUGCUGCUGAUGCUGCUGCUGAUGCUGCUGCUGCUGCUGCUGAUGCUGCUGAUGCAGCUGCUGCAGGCGCCGAGGCAGCAAGAGGUGAGACCCCCCCUGACGAUGAGGAGACAAAGAAGAAAGGAGGGGUAGGAGGAGAUAAUAGCAGCAGAGUGCAUGCAGCAGGGCCCCAAAGGAAACGCGUCUCAGCAGGAGACAGCCCCGCAGGCAGCUGGGCGAUGGCUACCCCCAAACUAAAUAUAAAAACACUGAAACCUUCGGCUGCUGCUUCGGGGGCAGAGUGA